AUGGAUGAUUAUAUGUUUACGACAAAUGUCGCUCGUUGCAGAAAUGUCACUGAACAUACCAGUUAUCUGGAGAUGAUAUCCUAUUCGGAUUCAUCUCUAAACUCGAUAGAAGAACACCCUCUAACUCCGGAUGAAUUUGAGAAUUUCCUCAACCGAAGGGGUGCUUUCGCUCCCCCAGAGUUACCUGAGGGAGUAGCUCAGAUAGCUUGCGUCCGAUUGAUUCUUCAAUUAAAUGCUAAGCAUCCUGACACUUUCGCCCCCAAUGUCCUCAAGAUUGUAAACCGUAAGAGCGAUGUACGGAAAAAGGGUCUGACUCGUGGUUGGGAACUUACUCUCUCGCAUGAUAUCAAAAAUGGCAUCACGACGGGAUAUGCGAAAGGCACACCAAGUUCCGACAUGGUUGAAUCCAUUCAACAUCUCAAAGCCUGUAUUCUCCAGAUUGGACAUCCGAUGCUCUUGCCGGCUAUCAUCUUUUCCCACGAUAUAUCAUUCAAAACUGAUCUUAAGCAACGAGAAGCACGUGAUUGGUUGCGAAAACUUGAGCAUGCUGUAUCUAUGCGAUCAGAAAUUGAAGAGAAAGAAGGUUAUGUGAGAGAAGGUGUUAUCGAUCUCGAUGCUAUCAAUAGAGAUUUGGUUGAAUGUCAUUCUCAGGUUCUGUGGAAGAGACCGAAAGCUUACCUGCAGAUUCUAUCACAGCUUGAGAAGGCGAUGAAGAUGUUUGAUGAGAGAUUACCAGAAGAGAGGAAAGAUGCAUCGAUGAGAGCCUUACAGGCUAGUAUGUUGGCAAGAUUCGAUUUCUAUCGGGUGAAACUUCAGGGGAUUGAGAGUUACGCGUAUACAACACUACAGAGAUUAGACAUCCAGAGAAGUGCACUCUAUAACAUCAUCGCGCAAAAAGAAUCCAAACUCAACUUCCAAAUGGCCAAAGAACAACGUCAACUAGCUCACGCCGCCAAGCGCGAUUCCAGCACCAUGAAAACAAUCUCUCUUCUCAGCGCCAUCUUCUUCCCCGGCGCCUAUCUCGCCUCGGUCUUCUCCAUGACCUUUUUCAAUUUCCAAAACGAUGGCACGCCAGCUGUAAGCGAAAGUUUCUGGCUUUACUGGGCAGUAACAAUUCCAUGCACAAUGAUUAUAGUAGGCUGGUGGUAUAUUUGGGAAAAGAAACGGGAGAGGAGGUAUAAUUUAGAGGACAUUGAUCUCGAGCGCGGAAGUGAUGAUAUGGAAAAGGAGAUUAUGGCGACCAUGAGGAAGAGGACGAUGAGUAAGGCCAGUACGUGGGAUAAACAGAAUCCGCCGAUGGUUGGGGAUCAUGGGAAUGGACAUGUUCAUGUUCAUGCGAUUAGCGAGAAGGUUCAUGGUUUGGGGGAGAAGUUGGGCAAGAAAAUGGAGUGA